AAAACAGCCACUGGGUGCUCUGGUAUAAGAAAAUCGAGCAUACCCGGUGGCAGUCUUGUUUCAGUUAGGUCAGUGUUGUUAGCGAAAACAUUACGUGGUUUAACUCCAUUCUUCACAUAUUUAGAGGAGGGGGGCUGCAGUAAAACUGUACCGGAAACAUCAGUUCCUUCUUUGAGGUAAGAUAAUGGAUUGCUGUGGUCUGCUAACUCUUCAGAAGGAACCAGUUCCUCUGAAGAGCAUUGAGGUGGAGCUGGAGGUGAGGGACCAUGUGGCUACAGUGGUCUCCACUCUGAACUAUGAGAACAAGGAGGACAAACCAUUAGAGGCUGUUUUUGUCUUCCCUCUGCCUGGAGAUGCUGCUGUCUGUCAUUUCAGUGCUCAGAUUGGACAGACACAGAUUGUAGCUGAGCUGAAGGAGAAACAGAAGGCUCGUGAGGAGUAUGAUGAUGCUCUGAGCUCCGGUCAGCAGGCCUUCCUAUUGGAGGAGAGUGAUGAGAGUCCAGAUAUAUUCUCUCUGAGUGUGGGCAGUCUGCCUCCAGGAGAGAGCGCCUCCAUCAGGUUGGAGUACGUCACUGAGCUGGCUGUGCAGGCUGAUGAUGGUCUGAGGUUCUGUCUGCCUGCUGUGCUGAACCCUCGAUACCAACCUCAGGGUAGUGAAGGUGCAGGUGUCCAGGUAAUGUCUGUUCCAGCCUCUCUGGUGCCCUACAGUCUGUCUUUUUCUGCCCGAGUGUCCUCUCCUCGUCCAGUCUCUAAAGUAGAGUCCAACUGUUCCCUGGACCCUCUGCAGUACCUCAACACUGAUCAAACCCAGGCCACGGUCAAGCUGGCUGCAGGACACAAGUUUGACAGAGAUGUUGAACUGCUGAUUUAUUACAAAGACGCCCACCAGCCCACUGCUGUGGUGGAGGCAGGACAGGCCUCUGCUGAGCCGGGCUCUCUGAUGGGUGAUCCAGUGGUGAUGGUGAGUCUGUACCCUGAGUUCCCCCAGUCUGUGAUGUCUUCAGUGACUUCAUGUGGAGAGUUUGUGUUCUUAAUCGAUCGAUCUGGAAGUAUGGACUGUCCUACGAAUAACAGUGAGCAGCAGGAAACUCGGAUCAGCAGUGCCAGGGAUACUCUACUGCUCCUGUUGAAGAGCUUACCAAUGGGCUGCUAUUUCAACAUUUACAGUUUUGGGUCUAGUUAUGAACACAUCUUCCCUAAGAGUGUAGAGUAUGGUGAGAAGACCAUGGAGGAGGCUCUGAAGAAAGUUGAGCAGAUGGAGGCUGAUCUUGGAGGAACAGAGAUCCUGGAGCCCCUCAAACAUAUUUACAGUCAGCCCUGCAUUCCCACUCAGCCUAAACAGUUGUUUGUCUUUACUGAUGGAGAGGUGGGGAACACCAAAGAAGUGAUCAAUCUGGUGAAGAAGAAUUCAGGUUCCCACAGGUGUUUCUCUUUUGGGAUUGGGGAAGGGGCCAGCUCUGCUCUCAUCAAUGGGAUGGCCAAGGAAGGAGGAGGUCAUGCUCAGUUCAUCACAGGGACUGACAGGAUGCAACCAAAAGUGAUGCAGUCGCUGCGUUUUGCUCUGCAACCAGCAGUGGAAGAUGUUUCUGUUACAUGGGAUUUACCAAAGGGAUCAACUGUCACUGUCCUCUCUCCACCAAUCACAACCCUUUUCCAGGGUCAAAGGUCACUGAUUUAUGCCCAGCUCACUGGACAGAGCUCAGAGGCAGCAGAGGGCUGUGUAACGGUGAAAUACAGCCUGGCAGGUCAUCCCUCUGAGAACCAGCUGCACUUCAGUCUCAGCCCUGCAGAGAACUCUGGCUUAAUAGUCCACAGGUUAGCUGCUCGGACUCUUAUUUCCUUGCUAGAGAUGGAAGCAGAAAACAAUCAGGAAAAAGAAGAAGUAAAAAAGAAGGUGGUGCAGCUGAGUGUCCAAUCGGGAGUGAGCAGUUCUUUCACUGCUUUCAUUGUUGUCAAUAAAGACAACAACAAGGAGAUUCAAGGACCUCUUCUGCACCGAAAUAUUCCAAUGGCCGGUCUAAUGAGAUGUGCUGCUACCCCUUGCUCUCUGGUAGCCUAUAGUUCCUCUUUUUCGCCCGCAGGUUUACAGUACAAAUGUGCAAUGGAUGACUUUGAAGCAGAUUGUGAGGUGGAUUAUGGAUGCCCUCUAGAAUGCGCAGAAGACAUGCACAGUUACAGAGAACAGUACAACUCUGCAACGGAUUACUCUGAAGAUUCUAUGGAUGAUAUGGCAUACCUUACAAGUUUCAUGUGCAGAAGCAGAGCACUGCCGGAUGAAGAAUUUAAGCCUGCUAAGAAGCCACCCAGAGACCCUUUGCUGCAGUUAGUCUCCCUCCAGAAGGCGUCUGGCUGCUGGCUGCUUGAUCCAGCUCUGGCUGCUGCACUGGGAAAGACCAACGAGGAGGUGGAAAAGUCAAAGCCUGAAAAGGCCAGCAGUGAAGUGUGGGCCACCAUUCUGGCUCUGAUCUGGCUUCAUGGUUUCAAGAUGGAUGCAAAGGACGAGUGGGAGCUUCUGGCUGCAAAGGCUGUAUCAUGGCUCAGUGCACAAAAAGCACCAUCUGUGACAGAGUGUGUGGAAGCCGGAAAUAUAUUGUUGGGUUGCAGUGUGCAAAAAACUGCCCUUGGCGUCUGAGGUUUUUAUUAAACCAACAACUUCUUUACGAUUAUUACACAGAAGCAGAUUUACUUCAUACUUCAUCCACAUUAAUCUUUGCAUCGUCCAACUUUAUUAUCUAAUGUGCCUUAUUUUAUGCUGCAUGUGCCCAAAGUCAGCUUUGUAGGAGGACCAGAGAUUAUUGCUUUUGUAUUCUAACUUUAAUGUUGCUGUGUGCUUGAAAGCAUCAAAUAUAAACAAAUAAAAUCACACAUGAGU